AUGAAAAUUAAUUUAAAAUAAACGAAAUCAUUUAUAAUUAUUAGCAAAUGAAUACGAAAUUAACUAGGCAAUAUACACUAAUAGUGUUUUUUCAAAAUUUAUUAUUACUAUUUGAUAUUUUGAUAAAUUGUUUUUAUAGUUUUGCUAGAAAUUAUUCAAUUGAACUUCUUUGUAUAUAUGUUAUUCAAGAUUUUAUUUUAAUUGUUGCAUUAACAAUUCUUCUUGUUAAUUUUUUUUCAACAUAUGUAUUUCGGUCAGGACUUAUUCAACUUUUAUACGUUAGAUUUCGUACGACACUUGUUAUUUGUGUUGUUUAUAUUAUCCUGAGUAUUAGUCUUCAUGUAUGGCACAUGACAAUUCACUGGCAUCAACCAUUAACUCAUUAUUGGACCCGAGGUUUUCAUACUUUAUACACUAUCCAAAGAACAGUUUCCGUAAUUUAUUAUUACUUGUAUAAAAGAGCAUCUUUAAAAAUUGGAGAUCCAAGAUUUUAUGAAAGCUCUAUUUGGCUAGAAAAAUAAAUAGUAAAUAGUAAAUCCCUUUUUUUUUUUUUAAAUUUAUUUCUUGUUACCCUUUGAAUUGUACAAAUUGAUACACAAUAUG